UUUGAGCUAAGAAAAAAGAAGUUUGAUAACCUAUCGAUGCUUUUGUUAUUAAUAGCAUUACUACUGGGAGCAGGGUUUCUAGAAGUUCACAGCCGAGCUGACACUAGAGGGACCGGUACCCCUCUGAACGCCAUCAGGAUAUGUCAGGGUGACACCACCAGUCUAGUGUGUCCUGAGGGUCGGGUUCUCAAGAUCUACACUGCUCAGUACGGGAGAUUCGUAUCCGGACAGGAGUCAUGUCCCCACAAGAGUGUCAGGUACCUCACUGACUACAACUGCAUAUCAGAUGUUACACCUUGGAUGGAGAUGCAAUGUGACAACAAGAAGGAGUGUGUUGUCAAGGCAACUAACCGGAAUUUGGGUGAUCCGUGCAAGGGUAUCUACAAACAUCUGGACAUUGAGUUUUACUGUGAUCUGGCUCCUCCUCUAUCCACUACUCCCCCACUCACCACAGAGAGACAGUCCCUUUCCAAGCAGGUUGAGAAGUGCACCAAGCUCUACACAUCUAUCUUAGAUUCUGACGAUAACAAGGAAUGCGAUGCGUUACAAGCGUACAAGGACUGUCUUCUGAGCGUGGAGGCAGCGGACCCCAGCUCUGCUGCUGAUAUUGACAGAGUCAUGCCCACUCUUAAUGGAGACCUCGAGAGUUGUUAUUCUGCUAGCCGUCAGCCUCUGGUUAUGUUGUGUAAGCACGCUAAACUUAAGGGAGAGUGUAUUAACAUAACUCAAGCUACCUCUCAACUCGAGGAAUUUGACAACGCCGUAAAAUCACUGAAGGUGUUUACUGGAAACUGGGCCCUGUUCUCUGAAGCUAACUACUCCGGAACUGAAGACAGAGUAAAGCCUGGUUUCACCAGUCAUUGGUUGGGAAUAUACGCUCCUAUUGAGGGAGAACCUAUUUCUCUUUACUCCAACGAUCUCUCUUCUCUCAAACCCGUCGGUGAAGUGGACGCAGCAUUUAUCUACGAGUACACAGACACUACUCUUCUACCCACUUCUGACUACAACACAGACGUGAAGUCUACCCCUGACUACAGCGGAAUUUCGUACUCCUACUCCGAACCAGCGAAACCCAGUGUCACCACAGCUGCUGUUGACCCUACUGAUGCCGGCUACUCAAACUGGGUCAACUUGGACGACAUUUCAACGUCAAAACAUCCAGAUAUGUGUCGCUCUACAUACUGUCUACUCGGUAUCAGAGUAAUAUUCAGUCAGAUCAGAUCUGUCACCCUGCCAACCAGGCAAACUGUCGAGGAUAUUAUUCUUUCUAGACUUCUUAACGUCUACAAAAUAUACCCCGAGCAGUUGGUGUUGGCUGAGAUCGUAAAGAGAUCUUCUGAAGUUAUUCUGGAGAUAAUAGAUAUGAAAGGAGCCCCAAGGAGGGUGAUCGACAUCGCUAUUGAGAUCGAAGAAGAUAUUAAACACGAGGAGUUCACAUUCACUUUGGGAGACACAAUGAUAAUACCGACAUCAGACCGAUACGGAGUGAUGCUGAAAACUAUCAGUGAAGAGUUCCUCCCCAAGAGAAUACAUAUCGUCACCAAACCUAUUACUGACGCAGAGGUACCGUCCUCGACUGUUUACACGACAGAAAAUAACAAAGUGGAAACUUUGAUUCCUGAGGAGGAACCCGAGGAGCCAACAGACAACAGCUUCGAAGGAUUACAAGAUACCGUGAUAGAAACUUAUGAGUUAGACGCUUCUGGUAUCCCCAGGAAAUUCUUCUACCCUCUGCUCGCCACCGCUCUUCUUCUCUUCGUAAUUGCGUGUGUUAUUGUCUCAACUGUGGUUUACAAGUGCGCUCAGAGCAAGGACUACACGCUCAUCAAGAAGGCGCCCAGUAACAUCUACAUUGAUAUUGAUUCUCCUCCAGAAAAGAAGAUUGAGGGUUUCGAGAAUCCGAGUUAUCUGUUAGAAGAAGUUGAGCACAUGUGAAGAAUAGUUGUCAUAGCAACGACCCACCUCCCUAAUCACCACGAUAAGUAUCGCCUUAUCACAGACAGUUAAAUCUAGUGACUUUGUUAUGUGUCACGUGAUAAAAAACUCAGUCACGUGCGCGCUCACGUCACGUCAUUCACAAAUAAGGCAGUUGACCUGUUUGUUGCCACGGCAACGCAAAGCGUGGGGUUUAAAUGCACAUGUUAGUUUCGCUUGAAAGUUUCGUGAACUGUGAAGCAAUAGGGACCGCUCAGUUACCGUCGCAUUUACUAUGUUAAUGAUAAGCUGUAGAUUGGAAAACUGAGUGUAGAUUGAUCUUGACAUGGAAAUAGGAGGGAAGCGAAAUGGUGGAAUGUGUAAUGGUGGAAUGUGAAGUUACCGUUACCUGGUUACAGAAAGAAGCUUGACUAUUUCAAACAUUUCAUUCUCAACAUGUAAAAGAGAGAGAAAGAGAGAUCAUCUACCCAUAAUUCUGGGUUAUUGAAGACUUUUGGCGUUUUUAUGGCAACUGUACAGUUUAAAUUAGUCCUUCUUAACAAAUCAGUCAUCUAGAAAGAUAUAGUAGUUACCAAGCAACAAAUAGCGGUUACCUAGCAACAAAUAGCAGUUACCAGUCCAUCUCACAACUGGUUACUGAUGGACUUCUGGCCUUAUUUUUAAAUGUAAUAUUUUGCAUGUGACAGCUACCUCAUCACAACAGUUAGUCAAAACUCUUUUAUAUAAUUUUUACGCACUGUACUGCGAGAUGAAAACUUUAUUAACUUUAUUUUGUACGCCCGUUUCAUACUCUAGUUUAGUCCAUUUCAAAAUAUUUAAACCAAAGUUUUAAUCAAAAGUUUGAAAUCCCGAUUUAUAAGGAGUUUAAGGUUGAAGUUAAAAUUUUCCAACGUGAGCUUGGAUGUUUUAAAGUGUACGCUACAUUUCUGUUCAGCUACUGUGUAAUUAAAUAUUUCUCAUAUCAGCCGUGGUUCAGAUAACCCAUUUUACCAUGAUAACCCUUCUGUUACCAUGAUAACCUAUCAGUAGAUUUCUGAAAUUUGUUCAGAUUUUAGAGCGCAGGAAAAUUAAAGGCACAGUCACGUGUCCCUCACGUGUUUGAUAACGAUAUUCAAUUUCAUGUUCUCUGAACCACAACACUAAUUUUUCAAUGUAUAUAUUGCUCAAAAGUGGAAAUUUAUGUUUUUAACAAGCUAGAUUUUUCCAUUUUUAAUUUAACUAGACUGUGAUCGGUUUAAUAAUCGGAUGCAUUGAAGACUGAGAUACAAAUCACUCCCUACGUUAUCUACCAACUUCCUUUAAUCGUCCAUCCAUACAUAUCCCUCCCCUACACUCCCUUUCCCUCCCCUACAUUCCCUUUCCCUCCCCUACACUCCCUCCCGUACACUCCCUCCCUACCUCGUCCCUUUCCCCUCCCUCUACCUCGUCCCUCACUCCUUAUCAUAAAUAGUUUUGGCCAGGUUUAUUUCACCCUGUGUCUCAGUGGUUGGUGUACACUAUUUCAUAUUUAAACAUGUUUUAAUCUCCUACAUUCGUUGAGCACGAAGUUUGUCUUGAAUUGAAAGUUACGGUUUGUGCAACUUAAUAAUAGCGUCCUAAUGACACCUGCCAUUUUGUUACGUGUAAAAGUUUAAGCCGCCUUUAUUUUUUAUUAUAUACCAACCUUGACCUGGGACUCAGCAUCGUUUGUCAAAUUUGAACUGUAAUGAUUGUCCAAGGUAAUUAAAACUUUGAUACCAA